UCUCUCCAAGCACAAAACCCGACUCUGACUGUUUUGUCAGAUAUCUGGUAGCAGGCUAAUUUAGAGCAGAGCAGCCCCGAAGGAUGCAGUAUGUUUUGCGGUGUGACUUGGCAGAGUGGCAUGUCCGGGGAAAGCUACGGGUUAAUUUAAGACUGGAAGCAAAAGCUGUUGCCAAUUAGGUACAGCGAACGCCACAUGUGGGCCAUGCGUGCAUGCUUUCCCCAACAAGGAGCAAAAGGGGGCAGAGACCAUCCAGAGCACUACGACUCCAAAUCAGUUGCUCAUUACAUCCAUGGACAGUUACCAAGGGAAGACAUACCAAAGAUAAAACAAACCUGACGGCUCGACACCGAGAACCUUUCGCGGAGUUCUACUUCCGGCAUCUCAACAUGGCCCAUAUUUCUACGGUGCUUUUACUGUGUCUCACUCUCUUACCGAACAGAAUGGAAAGCGCUUCGGAAAUGUGCUCGGGGCCUCGAUGCCUCUCCAACCAGGACUGGAGCGCGGCGCAAGGGCGGAGCGACGCCCGCGCGGCGGCGUCAAGGCCGCAGCUUCACCCCUCGACACAAUCCGGGCAAGGGCAAGCCUACGCCAAUUUCUACCACCAGGACGCUCGUUACGGCCAUCACCAGACCAACGGCUACCAUCACAACAGAGGCUUUGCCCAACCGACCGGUCCUGAUGGCACAAGAAGGACCAACCCGAGAACCAUCACCGCUGAGGUGUUCCAUCCCGGCUGCGCCGGCGGAACCUGCCCGACCGCCGUCAACCGUCAACCGACAACACAUGACGGGGAUGCGUCACGGGAAUGCAAAGGGAAUGAGUGCAGCCGCCAGAAACCAAAACCUUGCCUCAACUGCAACGCACAAAGGGGAGAAGACGCCGGAGGGAAUUCUUCGCCGGUUCACGUAAGAGACAGAGCAGCGCAAUUUGCGCAGGAGCGAUCUGACGGCGGCGCAUGGAUACAGUUGACAUGUGACAUGAAAUCAGGGAGCAACGACGUUCCUUCCAACGACGCCGUCAUCCUGCAGCUGCAGCUGUCCAAGGACCAAGAGAAGGUUGUGGAGGCCUUGAAGGGUCAGGGGCAAGAGGUCAGAGAGAUGCAUCGGCUCUUCGGCGAGCAACAGGAGGAGCUGCUCCGUCAGCAGAGAGAAAUCCUGGCGCAACAGAGGAAAAUGCAUGACUACAUGGAGCAAGUCAAGGCACAGCAUAACAUCCUAUUGGACACCGUCAAGCAAAUGUCCAUGCAGAACCUCCAGGAGGAGCUGGACAGCCACAGGGAUGUCUCGAGUGAGCCCGGCGGCCCGCGUGGACUUCAGCAGGCCCUCUCUUUGCACAAGGUGGACAUGGAAGCCAGUGUCAUGGAGCAGGUGGGCCAUUCCCUCGUGACUUGCGGGAGAUGCGGCCCCGAGGAAUACUGUGACUUCAGCGGUGGUCAUCCACGCUGUGAAAAAUGCACCGUCUGUCCCGCCGGCUUCUUCCUGGUGGCGCAGUGUUCGGUCCACGCCGAUCGAAUCUGUCAGGACAGAGAUGAAUGCCUUGAGCUCGCCGACCUUUGCGAGGACCGAUAUAAAUGUGUCAACACACCAGGUGGAUUUAGAUGUCAAGGAAUGACAGAGCGAGACGCCAGAACCGGCAUGUGCGGCCACGACUAUUUCUACAACUUGGACAUGGACGAGUGUCAGGCCUGCGCAGAGUGUGAAGGACAACCAGCGGCAUCGCAAUGUACAUUUACGACGGACACCGUUUGCUCCGGACAUCCCGCCGGAGAGAGUUUCCUCUCUCUUUCCUGGGCCGGAGAUGUAAGUCUGCCCGACACCAGGGGCCACGCGGUGAGCCUGGCCUCGCCGGGCGUGCGGCUUCGCAUCCGGGCGGGGGACCGCACCAACUUGGUCUCGGCCGAGGACGGACAUCUGGUGAUGGAGAAACACGGGCUGGUUUGGCUGGAGCAGAGCCUUUCUGUGAACCACGGCUGCCGCAGCUUUGUUCAGGUGUGUUUUCACGUCAACGCCAGCGACGGCUCUGAAAGCCGUGACCUCAGCGGUGUCAGAAUUGAGCAACGGGAAGCGAGGGCCUUCCAGGGCGUCAGCAUCAGCGCGGUAGCAGAGGUCGCCCCGGGUCACGUGAUCUCCACUUCCCUUUGGAGCGCUAACCAACACUGCAACCGGAGCGAUGAAAAUUUGCGGCUUUACGAGCCCUCGGCCGCUUCGCUAAGCUUCAUGUGGCUGUCCCACGAUACCGGCGCCGUCGCCGUGACGGCGCAAGCCGCGCUGUCGGCUCACUACCACACAAACCAUCGGCCGAUCUUUCGUAUCACCUCCACUUCGGACCCUUACGUGGUGGUUCCGACCCACGAUGGCCGCGGGAUACGUUUUGCAGAAAGCGGUACCGUGCGCUUUGUAUUUCAGCAGGCGUUAUACUCCAUGGGCCAGGCAUGUGUGAGCGAGGGCUUCCAAAUGUUGGCGUACCUCAAUCGUAACGGGAGCGUUUUGGAGCUUUGCCGCACCUUCAAACCAGGCGUCCACUAUCGCGACACUUCCAUCUCUCUCUCCGGCGCGACCGAAGUUGGUUCCGGAGACACGCUGGCCUUUGAGAUUCUGUCUCCUGCGCAGUGCAAUGUCCGUUUCUUUAGCGAUGACGCAGGCGUCAGUGGCCUCAGCUUGGUGUGGGUUCCCGCUGCCAUCUCCGCCUCCAUUUAUGUCUCCGUAGCUCAAACUCCCUCAGGAGCCGUCCGAAACAAGCCACUGUUCUUCCAUCAGAAGAGUCCCCGAGUGUCCCAAAUGGGGCUGUCGGAGAAAGGCGCCGCUAAACCCAGCCAAGAUUUGCUCUUCAGGGAGAGCGGCACUGCCAAUGUGGCUCUGGACUUGAAACUGAUUCACUCUUGCAGCCUGCUCAAGGUGACUCUACUCCGACUAAAUGACCCUGGAGCAAGCUGGGAGGCAAAGGGCGCACGGCCCACCCCCCUGGCCCAACAUGUCGGCGGACAAAUGCCUGAUGGUAGUCAGUGGGCCAGCGUAAGCCUGCGGGCAUCUUUCCAGGUGCACAAUGGCACAACGGUGUUCUUCACGCUGGACUGUGUACGAGGGCGAGUCAACCAGGUCAGCCACCACGCAGGAAGCGGAGUGUCAGUCUUUUGGGUGUCUGCAUAACAUCACAACUCUGACCCGAUUUCACCAUGUGCAUUCCAUUUCAGCGGACUGAAAGCCACAAAAAGAACAGGCAGAUUUUCGCUAUAAAUUAUAAUGACAUUCAGACAAACAAGUCGAGCAGUUGAAAAGUUUGCCUUGUCUUUGCGAGUCAUUUUGUCCUCCAUUUUUGGCUCAGAAUAUCUAAAUAAUGUUGGGCGUUGAAGUGGGUUGAGGUCGGGCCUCUCAAAUUCAUCAUCUUUUUUUUCUCAACAGAACAUAAAUUGGGUUUCCCCAAACGGUUUGAAUUAAGUUGUAACAUGAAGAAUUGGUCUUAUUACUUGGAUGCGUGACAAUACAGUUCAUCAUCUAUCUAUCCAUCCAUGAUCUGAAUUGCUUCUCCUCAAGAGGGUCGUGCUGGAGCCUAUUCCAGCUGUCUUCGGGCACACCCUGAACUGGUUGCCAGCCCAUCGCAGGGCACACAUAGACAAACAACCAUCCGUGCUCACACUCACACCAAGGGACUAUUUUGAGUGCUCCUUUAGCCCGCCAUGGAUGUUUUUUGGACUGGGGGAGGAAACCGGAAUACCCCGCCAGAAAGAAACAUGCAAACUCCAAACGGGAAGGUCGGAGCCACAAUCGAACCCUGUGUACUUUGCGGCGGACGUGCUCACCAGUCGAGUACGUGCCCCCUUAUAUCCAUCCAUCCAUUUUCUAAUCCGCUUCUCCUUAUAAGGGUCGCGGGCGCGCCGGAGCCUAUUCCAGCAAGCUUCGGGCAGCAAGCGGGGUCAUCGCAGGUCACACCCAUCGACGAACAACCAAUCGCGCUCACAAUCCCACCUAGGGACAAUUGAUAGUUUCCAUUAGCCUGCCAUGCAUGUUUUUGAAAUGUGGGUGGGAACCAGAUCGAUUUAUUUUCUUAUUUUUUCCCCACCCCAUUCAUAUAAUUUGUUAUCCAUCUAUUCUUAACACUACCACUUCCGAAUCGUGUCGCCUCUAAUCUAACAUGUAGAAUGAUUUAGCGGCCAUGAAAGGAAAACAUGCCGUAGCAUUGGGUAAUACCACAACGGUUGUUGACUUUUAAGUAAUAUAGCCCUUCUGGCCACGUUUCCUGCUGUCAGGCCUCCUCACCCCCCCCCCCCCCUACAAAAAAAAGUAGUUGUUGUGAACAUGUGUUUCAUGUUAGUCACCAUUUUCUAAUGUGACUAUCCACUGCAUGCCUUGUUUAAUGGCUGCGCUUUGCCUCUUAAACAGACUCACGUGUUCCGCAAAGGUCACGCUAACGUGCAAAUGUCUUCGGGGGGACGGCUUCUUAUCAUACGCCACGUUAAGAUGUAACUAUCAUUUAGCACAGCAAAGAAGUACUGCAUUUAUAUUUGAUAGCGAUGCAAAUAAAAUGUAAUUCAAUUAAA